AGGCUGGGCUAUGCACCACCGCAUGCAAUUGAUGCAAUUGCAAGCUGAAAAAGAUAUGACAACGAUUGAUUCUUGUUGAAAAAAAAAAAUCAAACUUCAUUGCUGUGCGUUUUAUUUUCAUCUCAUCGUUAAUUAUUUUUUUAAGUUCAAAAUGGAUUUGGAACUGAUAAGAGUCGACUAUUCUGUCUCGGGAAUUACCCUACCUUCUACUAUGGAGCUCUUACCUGCUAGUGGAGCGCGACUUUCUCAGAAGGUUAUUAUCGGUGAUCAGGAAGGAGUACUUCAAUCAUUUUCAAUGAAAAAGGGGGAGCAACAAAUGGUUUUCAAGACACUUCCGGGUACACCCAUCUCUCGAGUAUGCCUUGGUGGAGCUAUUGGUACUAUUAAGGAUAAAAUUUUCAUAUCAAAAAGAGGCGAAGUCCAUGGUUACACUAAAAAAGGGAAACUUUUUCUCGGCUUUGAUACCUGCUUAGCAGAAUCAAUUAAGUCAAUGCACGUGAAUGCAAGUACAUUACUUCUGAGUGGAAACACUGUUUACAACCAGUUCAGAGAUUGUGAGGACACUGGUUCUUUUCUCUCAACAGACACUAUUAAUGAUGUCAUAGCCUUGCCAGGAGAAAAGACGCGGAGCCUGGUGCCGGUGCUGGCGUGCGCCGACGGGGUGCUCCGCGUGCUGGACGGCGCCGAGCUGGAGUCCCAGAGCCGACAGGCCCGGUCCCAGCCGGCGUCCGCCAGGUCGCCGUCGACGGCGCUGCGCCACGAGGUGCGCGUGCCGUGCGCGCCCACCGUGCUGCACCUGGCGGGCCAGGACGGCGGCGACACGGGCCAGAACGUCCUGUUCGGCACGGACGACGGGCGCGUGGGCAUGGUGACGGUCACGCGGAACACCACGCCGUCGUGGCGCUGGCUGGUGGACGCCGAGCGGCCCGGGGCGGCCGUCAGCUCCCUGCACUGCCACGACCUGGCGGGCGACGGCGACCUGGACCUCAUCGUGGGUCGGGACGACGGCAGCGUCGAGGUGUACGCGACGACGGCCCUGGACCCCAGCGCGGACGCCUCCUCGGACCACGACGUCCACCGCCGUUUCACCUACUCCUGCCCCGAGAGCGUGUCCUCGGUGCGCGGCGGCGUCCUGGGCACGCAGGGCUAUGACGAGGUGGUCGUGUCCAGCUACACGGGCAUGGUGUUCGGGCUGACGACGGAGCGCGUGGACGGCGUGGCCUCCAUGGACAGCCAGAGCGUGAGCCUGAGCCAGGACGCGCGGCGCCGCCUGCAGCUGCUGCGGGCCGAGCUCGGCGCGCUGGAGGAGAAGGUGUCCACCGAGCGAGACCGGUACCUGGCGGCCGCCGAGGACGGCGAGAGCGCCCUGUCUGUCGUGCCCUACCUCAACAUCAACCACAAGUUGAGCCUGAUACGCGAGGAAGCGGCCUACCUCCUCACCCUUGAGGCCGCGACGGCCAUCGACAACGUCUUGGUGCAGAGCGACGUCCCCGUGGACGUCCUGGACGUGGACCGCAACUCGGCCGUCGUCUCGUUCAGCGACUGCGAACCGGAGAGCGACAACAAGGCCCUGGUGACGUUCCGCUGCCAGAUGAACACGACGCGGCUGGACGUGCGCCUGCGCACGGUGGAGGGCCGCGCGGGCCACCUGCGCGUGUACGUGACGCCGCUGGUGGCGCCCAAGUGCGCGGCCCUGCGCGUGCUCUUCCUGCCGCCGCUGUCGCUGCACGCGCGCGCGCACCGGGACGAGGCCGGCGCCGACGCGCGCCCCUACAGCGUGCUCACGCUCCGCGGCCACUUCAGCCUCGCCGAGAUGCACGCGUGGCUCGCCGCCUGCCUGCCGGACCUCUCGGAGAAGCCGCCCGCCGAGCCCACCACCCUGUGCUUCCAGAACGCCUGCAUGUCCACCAUGCUCAUCUGCUCGUACGGGAAAGGGGAGGCUGAGUUCAGGUCCGACAACGUGUCGACGAUAUCCAUCAUCAAGGACGUGCUGUCCAAGAUGGCCACCGGCCGCUCUAUACACCUGGACAUAUCGUGCGUGGUGAACCCCGACAGCGGUCCGCACGCGCUCCGCCUCAUGUUCCCCGUGCUCCGGGAGCAGGCCGCCCUCCACCGGGACCUCAUGCUGCUCGACGCGCUCCGGGACCUGGACAAGGAGGCGCUCGCCCCCAAGUUCCUCGCCAUCCUCGACAGCGAGGACGACAUUCGCGAGCGGGUCAAGCGGCACCCGACCUACCUCGACAGGCUGUGCGGUAUGCUGACGGACCUGUACAUCGACCACUUCAAGUUCAGGGGCGUCAACGUGAAGGGGCGCGUGCCGCAGCUGCUGGACUCGGUGUACAAAGAGCCCCUGGACACGCUGCUCGAAGCGCUGCUGCAGCACUUCCAGGAGCCCCUGCCAGACUCCAGGGUGUAAAGCAAAGAGCGUCUAUCCCAAAGGGACCAAAUAAAAAACUUGGCAAUGUUGAGUACUA